AUGGCAUAUCCCAAAAACGUGGGCAUCAAGGCCCUUGAGAUCUACGUUCCCAGCCAGACCUUGGAUCAGUCCCAGUUUGAAGCUCACCAGGGCGUAUCUGCUGGUAAAUACACCAUUGGCCUUGGUUUGAAGUCCAUGAACUUCUGCAACGACCGGGAAGGCAAGUUACAUGUCUGCUCUCUCGCCUUGACCGCUGUCUCAUCGCUCCUCCGCAAGUACUCAAUAGACCCGCAGUCUAUCGGCCGUCUCGAGGUUGGAACAGAAUCACCCAUUGACAAGGCCAAAUCAGUCAAGUCCGUUCUUACACAACUGUUCGGUGACAACCACGCCUUAGAAGGUGCCGACACAGUUAACGCCUGCUAUGGCGGUACUAACGCUCUGCUCAAUGCCUUCAAUUGGGUCGAAUCUCGCUCGUGGGAUGGCCGCGACGCCAUUGUUGUUGCUUCCGAUAUUGCCAUCUACAAGGAUGCUGCUGCUAGACCUACUGGUGGUGCUGGUUGUGUUGCGAUGCUCGUCGGCCCUGAUUCCCCGAUUGUUGCUGUCCCUGCCCUUCGCGGGACAUACAUGACCCAUGCAUACGACUUCUACAAGCCCGACAUGAAGUCCGAAUACCCAUUGGUCGACGGCCACCUUUCCGUUUCAUGCUAUCUCUCAGCUCUUGAUGGCUGCUACAAGCAACUGCGCGACAACGCAGAUCGCGUCGCCACAGACGCCAAGUUUAAGGAGCGCAACCCAGAUGCCGUCGCGGUCUUGAAGCGGGAACGUCAAAGCCUGAUCGACAUCUUCGACUUCAUGGCUUUCCAUACGCCCAACUGCAAACUCGUCAGCAAAUCCUACGGCCGACUGCUCUACAACGAUUUCCUGAACAACAAGUCUGACGCAGCCUUCAGCAGCGUCCCCGAAUCACUCCAAAACCUGCCUUACGAAGAGUCACUAAAGUCCAAGGAUCUCGAGAAAGCGUUUCUUGGCGCCAGCAAGGAACGUUUCACAUCACGCAUCGCGGCAUGCAUUGAGGAACCCAGCCGCUGUGGAAAUAUGUACACUGCCAGUUUGUACUACUCAUUGAUCAGCGUUCUGUCGCACGUUGGGUCCGACAAGCUACAGAACAAGACGAUUGGCAUGUUUAGCUACGGUAGCGGGCUUGCUAGUACUCUAUUCACGCUGCAGGUAGUGGGCGAUGUGAGCGGAAUUAUUGAGAAGAUUAAUAUCGUCAAGAGAAUGGAGGCAAGACAUGUCGCCAACCCGCAGGAAUACGAAGAGGCCUGCAAAUUGCGCGAAGCAGCAUACGGUCAGAAGAACUACACGCCGAGCGGCGACUUGGCUACCAUCAGCGAGGGGGUGUACUAUCUGGAGCAUGUUGACGACAAAUUCAGACGAACAUAUGCCGUCAAGAAGACGGCUACGAAUGGCGUCAACGGCUCACACUAA